GCAGCUGUUCUACGCGUUUAGCUUCAAUUCGCCAUUGAAGAAGCCAUAAUCUGAUUCCUAAAGAGCUUACAUUUGAUAUUCAACUAUAAAGUUUUGACGCUAGAGAUUAAGAUCCUAUUGCCAGUAGGUAUCAUACUUCAGUUGCUGGGAACACAAUUUGACCAGGUAUAAAUCUUAGCUCAUGGAAAAGCAAAUUAGUUUUUCUUACAUCUCUUAGAUUUAUACCCUUUCUAGCUUACAGUACCAGUUGAAAGACCAAGCUGAUUCCUCUUAUGAAGUGACAUACAUUUGUUUCAUUGGUUCUGCUUUUGCUAGACCGUGUGUGAAAGAUACCAAUGGCUGGAGUAUUAGCUGCUGGGGAUUGUUCAUUCGGUGAGAGUGGCAUUUCAUCUUACUCCAGGAAUUCCAAUGAAAAGCAGGACGAGGUUGCCCGCUGGUAUUUUGGAAGGAAAGAAAUAGAAGAAAAUUCACCAUCAAGGUUGGAUAGUAUUGACUUAAAGAAGGAAACAUACCUCCGCAAGUCAUACUGUACAUUUUUGCAGGACUUAGGCAUGAGAUUAAAAGUUCCUCAGGUUACAAUAGCUACAGCAAUAAUCUUCUGUCAUCGAUUCUUCAUUCGCCAGUCACAUGCUAGGAAUGACAGAAGGACGAUUGCUACAGUCUGCAUGUUCCUUGCUGGAAAAGUUGAAGAAACUCCAAGGCCGUUAAAAGAUGUUAUUGUUGUCUCCUAUGAGAUAAUACACAAGAAGGAUCCUACUACUGCACAGAAAAUCAAGCAAAAGGAAGUAUAUGAGCAACAAAAAGAGCUUAUACUAAGUGGAGAAAAGAUUGUACUUUCUACGCUGGGGUUUGACUUCAACGUUUAUCAUCCUUAUAAACCUCUUGUAGAAGCGAUAAAGAAAUUCAAGGUCGCACAGAAUGCUCUGGCCCAAGUUGCAUGGAAUUUUGUUAACGAUGGUCUGCGGACGUCACUCUGCCUGCAAUUUAAGCCUCACCACAUUGCGGCGGGAGCAAUUUUUCUUGCUGCGAAGUUCCUUAAAGUGAAAUUACCAUCAGAUGGAGAGAAGGUUUGGUGGCAAGAAUUUGAUGUCACACCUCGACAACUAGAGGAUGUUAGCAACCAAAUGCUUGAGCUCUAUGAGCAAAACCGAGUUCCUGCAUCUCAAGGAAGCGAAGUCGAAAGUAGUGUAGGUGGAGGAUCAGCUCAUCAUGUUGGUUCUAGGCCAAUAUCAGCUCGUCCAACUCAUGAACAUUCAAACUCUGAUAAUCAUGGGGGCUCGUCAAAAGCUACACAAAACCGGAGCAAUGAUAAUGGGAGUGGUGAGGCAGGUAGUGUCAUUACCGAGCAGAAGGGGGAAAGAGAUAUAGAAACGAAAGAUAGCUUGCAUACUGAAAAUCAUCCAGCCCAUAAGUCUAGAUCAGGAGUUGAAGCAUCUGGGGAGGAAAAAACAGCGAAAGCAGGUGCACAUUUCCUAGAAGAUGAUAAAUCUAGAAUUGUUGGUACGGGUGAUACCCCAGUCAGCCAAUCCCCAAAAGACAUUAAAUUGCUUAGAGAUAAGGUGGUGAAGGCCAAACUAGAGGCUAAGAAGGUCCAAGGUGAAAAGACGAGGAAAAAGGACUUGGUGGAUGAGGAUGAUUUAAUCGAAAGAGAACUGGAAGACGUGGAAUUAGCUGUUGAGGAUGAGAAAGAUAUACAAAACAAGAGCUCCAAAAUCAAUCAAAUGGGUACAGAACACGGCGAGAUUCUUGAUGGAAACAACUUGGUGGUCAAUACCGAGGAAGGUGAAAUGGUAGAUGAUGUUUCUUCAACAGUGCCUAGCCGGAAGAGAAAAAUGGGAAGCCCUUGUGAAAAACAGUUAGGAGAAGGAAAGAGGCGACACAACAACAGUGAGAAUGUAGAAGAAGGUCACAAGACAAACCGAGGAGGAAGUAGUCAUAGUCAUGGUGACCGAGAGCCAAGAAGACACUCCCAAGAGAGCCCCCUAGUUCCGAUUGUCCAAUUGAAUGUAUCGGUUAGCUUCGUGACCAAUCCGUCUACAGUUAUUUCCCAGAAGGAGCUCUUGCAAAGCCAAAGAAUGUCGAGGAUAUGCGUUAAGAAUUUGCCAAAACAUGUGAAAGAGGAUCGACUUCGAGAUGUCUUUUCACAGAAAGGAGAAAUCACUGACGCCAAAUUGAUGCGUUCCAAUGAUGGUAAGAGUAGACAAUUUGCUUUUAUUGGAUUUCGUAGUGCUCAAGAAGCUCAAGAAGCUAUUAAGUAUUUCAACAAGUCUUAUCUUGAUACUUCUCGUAUAUUUGUUGAGAUUGCUCAUAAAGUUGGAGAUGAGAAUGCUCCUCGUCCCUGGAGUCGUCUUUCACACAAGAAAGAAGAGGAAGCUAAUGAAAACAGUAAAAAAUCUUCUAGUGAAGUCUUAAACAAUGGUAAUGCUAAAGGAGGUAAAAAGAAGAAAGCAGAGGUUGAUGAUCCUGAGUUCCAAGAAUUUCUUGAGGUUCAUGAUAGGAGUAAGUCGAAAAUCUGGUCCAAUGACAUGUCCAUUCCUCCUGCUCCUGAAGAAACCGGUAAAGAGAAGGUCUUGGUGAAGAAAGCGGAUGAGCCAAUGAUUUUCAAUGGUGCUGAGCCUAACAACGCUAAAAGGUCAUCUGAUACCGAAAAGACUAAAAAGAGCAAAGUUGUUGCUGCCAGCGAUGAUGUUUCUGAUAUGGAAUACUUCAAGAGUAGGGUUAAGAAAAAUCUGUCGGAUUCGGACAGUGAUAAUGAAUCUGAUGAUAGUAGUGAAGAUGAAGCUAGUGAUGAUGAUGGGAAAGCUGAGGCAGAUGGUCAUGAUGCUGAUAUUCGUAAUUUUCCUAUUGAUGGCGAUGUUGAAGCUGGCGGAGUUGAUAAAGAUGAUGAUGGCGAUACCAUGGAAGUAGAAGCCGAUGGCAAGGUGGCUCAAGAAUUGAAAGCUGACAGUGAUGAUGUUCUGGACACUGGUCGCCUUUUCGUCCGUAACCUGCCUUACACUGCAACAGAAGAAGAGCUUAUGGAACAUUUUAGCAAAUUUGGUGAGAUAUCAGAAGUCCAUCUUGUUCUUGACAAGGAGACAAAAAGGUCCAGGGGAAUUGCCUAUAUCCUUUACCCGUUUCCGGAAUGUGCGGCAAGGGCAAUGGAGGAAUUAGAUAACUCAAGUUUUCAGGGCCGGUUGUUGCAUGUUUUGCCAGCCAAGCACCGUGAAACAUCUGAUAAACAAGUGAAUGACACUUCUAACCUGCCAAAAACUUUCAAGCAAAAGAGAGAGGAACAAAGAAAGGCAUCUGAAGCUGGUGGAAAUACAAAGGCUUGGAAUAGUUUAUUCAUGCGACCCGAUACUAUUCUAGAAAACAUAGUCAGGGUGUAUGGUGUAAGCAAGAGUGAGCUACUUGACCGUGAAGCUGAAGAUCCUGCUGUACGCCUUGCUUUGGGAGAAACAAAAGUGAUUGCGGAGACCAAAGAAGCCCUUGCUAAAGCUGGAGUAAAUGUUACUUCUUUGGAAGAAUUUGCUACAAGGAAUGGUGAUGAGAAUAACCGAAGCAAACAUAUCCUCUUAGUAAAGAAUUUGCCAUUUGCUUCCACUGAAAAGGAACUGGCUCAAAUGUUUGGAAAAUUUGGAAGUCUAGACAAAAUUAUCCUCCCUCCGACGAAGACGAUGGCCUUGGUUGUGUUUCUUGAGCCGGCUGAGGCACGCGCAGCUCUUAAGGGAAUGUCAUACAAGCGUUACAAAGAUGCUCCCUUGUAUCUGGAGUGGGCUCCUGGAAAUAUUCUUGAGCCAAAAACUCUUCCUGACAACAAUGAAGAGAAGAGUGAUGUUGCAGAAAUUGGCGUGAGAAGAGUCAACUUGGAGCAGCAGGUUGAAAUCGAUCCAGAUGUAACUGAGUCAAAUGUCCUUCAUGUUAAGAAUCUGAGCUUCAAGACAACUGAUGAUGGUUUGAAGAAGCAUUUGACUAAACUGGUGAAGCAGGGAAAGAUUCUCAGUGUCAAGAUAAUAAAGCAUGUAAAGAAUGGGAAGAAUCUUUCAAGCGGUUAUGGUUUUGUAGAAUUCGACUCUGUAGAGACUGCCACCAAUGUCUACAGAGAUUUACAGGGAACUGUUCUGGAUGGGCAUGCUUUGAUCUUGAGAUUCUGUGAAAACAAGCGGAGUGACAAGGCUGGGAAAGAUUCAGGCAAGGACAAACCUUCUACAAAGUUACAUGUGAAAAAUGUAGCUUUUGAGGCAACCAAGAAAGAACUAAAACAGCUAUUCAGUCCAUUUGGACAGAUCAAGAGUAUGCGGCUUCCAAAGAGGAAUAUCGGGCAAUAUGCUGGUUUUGCGUUUGUUGAAUUUGUGACAAAGCAAGAAGCCUUAAACGCUAAAAAAGCAUUAGCCAGCACCCAUUUCUACGGACGCCAUUUGGUGCUCGAGUGGGCCAACGAUGACAAUAGCAUGGAAGCGAUCAGGAAGCGUUCCGCUGCUAAGUUGGACGAAGAAAAUGAUAAUGCAAAGAAAAGGAAAAGCUCGAAAGUUGUUGAUGAAAAGCAAAAUGAAGUUUGAGAGAAUAAUAGUUGAAUAAGGCAUACCCUCUAAUAUAGUUUGUAUUGACCA